AUGAACCAUGGACUUCACCAGGAAGAAAGAGUUGACGUCAGACCUGAACAGGGAGUCAACGCGGAACCUGAACAGAACAGCGAAAACAACAUGGAAGAGGAACCAGAAGUAUACCGUGAGGCUGAACAAGACAUGGAUCAGCCCCAGCUCAACGAUGAUCACCAGGUACGUGAAGUCGUCUGCCUGGGGGAAGACAUCGCAGAGCCACUCCGGCCGGAACACCCAGCCCCCGUGAGACACUCCACCCGGGUGAGAAAGCCUGGCUACAUGUUCACCUACCCCUCUCUGGGUCAACCAGCCUACCAGCGCCGCCCCAGCGUGAAUGCAGUGGAAAUUCAUCCGACGCAGUGGCCCCAGCUACAGUACCCUCAGCACCAUUUCCCUCAGCACUAUCCCCUCCCCUUCCAACCCCCCAUGUCCCCGGCCUUCACACCACAUUCAUUCCCAUACACUACAUAUCCACUCCCAUACACCGCAUACCCAGUACCUUGUUUUUGAACUGAAGUGAGACACUUGAAGUGCCACAGACUAUGCACACGUUAAGGACAUUCGAUGCCUACGUUGGGAGUGCCUUUGUUCUCAUCUUUUCUACAUGAGUGAAGCCGUUUGGUGAACUUUGAACUGUGAGGUUUUCUAUUUUUUUAGGUCAAGUGUCGGGAGCCACUUCUGUUUGUCGGGGAGACUGUGAUACCCUCAUAAAUGAGUGAAGGAACUUUAUUUUGGAAACAGCAAACACUUUAUAAAGUGAUGUAUUAAGCACUUUUUUUUUUUAUUUUUCAUAACUUAUUUUAAUGGUUGAAUGCCAGAAAGUCAUCGGUAUGCAUUACUAUGUAUUUGUUAUGGGGACCGGAACCUUUGGUGAGCGGCCAGUUUCACUGCUGCACGAUAGGGUGAGAGGUAAGCGACUUCCGCCCACCGGCAGUUCAGUGAAUGGAGGAGACACAAGGAGUUCAUACAGCCUCAUUUCAGUACACCUUUACUUUGUUUUACAGGUUGGUUCACUGUGAAAAUACGAUGA